GGAGUGGAAGCUCUUUAAACUGCAUUUAAUAAAUUCGCUUGGAAUCCGCGAACAGAUCACUCAGGCUUCGUCUAUAAGCCUCCGGCGACAGCCCCGGCCCGACUGUCGUCGGCUUAGGAACAUUACGGCGGCAGUCGGGAACGGCGAUUCGCUUUUCCGGUGAAAGAAUGAAUUCAAAGAAGGUUGGUGGCAAAUCUCCUUCAGCUGCUGGUACUUCUUUUAAGAAAGCAAACUACUUUCAAGCAUCCGGUUCUGUUAGCAGCUAUCCUAAACUUGAACAAUCUACUAGUGACAUGGGAAAAUUGACCACAGAUCCUGCAGAGAAUGACAAAUGGGAAGUAAGUGGAAAAAAGAAGAAUAAAGUUGGUGCUGUUACUGGGAAGCAAGGGAGUUCAAGUUCUGUUCCUAAAACAUGGGUUCAGCAUGGAAAUGUGAAAUCUUCUACUAGUUGGGCCGAUAUUGCUGAUUCCCAAGCAGCAGUUGGCAAGUGGAAUCCAAAGCAACAAUCAGGGAUUAGAAAUUGUGUAACUGCUUCUACGACUCUGCAUUCUCCUACGGUACCUCCACCUUUGCAACAUGGCUGGCAGUGGGGUGCAAGAGGGGGAUCUGCUCCUCAAAAGAAUGAGAACAUCUCCACAAGUUCUGUUGUUGACCCUACUAACAAUCAACCUGAAGGUUUUUCAGACGAUGAUGAUGAUGCUGCUUUGGUGGAUGGAAGUGAAGAUGAGUUUUCUGAUGAUUAUGAUUCUGAUGCUAGCCAAAGGAGUCACGAGACUCGAAAAAUGAAUAAGUGGUUUAAGGGAUUCUUUGAAAAUUUGGAUAAACUGUCAGUGGAUGAAAUGGGUGAACCAACCAGGCAAUGGCACUGCCCAGCAUGCCAUAAUGGCCCAGGCGCAAUUGAUUGGUAUGAUGGCCUCCAACCCUUGAUGACGCAUGCAAAGACAAAAAGAUCAACAAGACCUUUGCUUCAUCGGGAGCUUGCUCAACUUUUGGAUGAAGAGCUUCGUAGGAGGGGAACUUCAGUGAUUCAAGCUGGUGAAGUAUUUGGUAAGUGGAAGGGCCUGCGUGAGUCAACAACUGAUCGUGAGAUUGUGUGGCCUCCUAUGGUAAUUGUCAUGAACACAAAACUUGAGAAAGAUGAAAAUGACAAGUGGAUUGGAAUGGGGAACCAAGAAUUGCUGGAGUAUUUUGACUCGUAUGCUGCUAAAAGGGCUCGUCAUUCAUAUGGCCCACAGGGUCAUCGUGGAAUGAGUGUGUUAAUUUUUGAGUCCACUGCAAUGGGCUAUAUGGAGGCUGAACGAUUGCACAAGCAUUUUGUGGAGCAAGGAACCAGCAGGGAGGCAUGGGAGCGUAGUAAUCAUGUGCUAUUCUGCCAUGGUGGUAAACGACAAUUAUAUGGAUACUUGGCACGGAAGGAAGAUUUGGAUAGUUUUAAUCAACAUUCUCAAGGGAAAUCUCGCCUCAAGUUUGAUAUGAGAUCAUACCAGGAGAUGGUGGUUAUUCCGAUGAAACAAAUGAGUGAGGAUAAUCAGCAACUGACAUAUCUUAAGAAGAAAGUUGUGAAAGAGAAGGAGUUUUCAAAGGCUCUCGAAAAUACUGUGGCGCAUGUGACCCAGAAGCUGCAUGAAACCAGUGAAGAUAACAGGAUUGUAAGGCUUAGAACUAAGAUGCAACAAGAAGAGAGCAAGGAGAUGAUGGAUUUUCAAGAACACUUUUUUAAGGAUCAAAUAGAUAAAAUACACAAGCACACUGAAGAGAAGGAAAGGCAAUAUGAGAAGUUGCUUCAAGAGGAGCGUGCUAAGGCAAAAUCUGCUGAUUCAAACUCUGGAUAUGGCAGAGAUUGCAACUUGAGCAAGAAGAGUGAAGAGUUUAUAGAAAGCCAGGCAAAAGAUGUGGAAGCAUUUGAGAGUAGAAGGGAGAAGCUGAUUAAAACAUAUGAUGAGAAGAAGAUAUCCUUGAGACGGCGGCAUUUGGCGGAAGAGGUGGAACUCGAGGCGGAUUUUGAUGCUGAGCUCUCCAAAUUGAUGGAGGAGCAUGCGCCAACUUCCUUUCAGAACUCAACCACUGAUUAGCAAUUUCCAUAUUAUGUAGGGUUGUGAGGAGGAUUGGUUAGAGGGGGGCAUUGCAGGUU